AAUGGUAAUGAUGAAAUGAGUAGUAGUUGUUGCUGUAGUUUUUACCUCCAGUCGAAAGGGGGCGCCGUAGCCGCAGUUUGUUUCUGGGCUCAACUUCCGCCAGUGGAUUUAAUCAUCCACCGGAAGUCUGCUUGUCCUCUUCUACCAGGCCGAUCCAACAUGGGACGAGUCAGGACCAAGACGGUGAAAAAGGCCGCCAGGGUCAUCAUUGAGAAAUACUACACCCGGCUGGGCAGUGACUUCCACACCAACAAGAGGGUGUGCGAGGAGAUCGCCAUCAUCCCCAGCAAGAAGCUCCGCAACAAGAUCGCCGGGUAUGUGACGCAUCUGAUGAAGAGGAUCCAGAGGGGUCCGGUCAGAGGAAUCUCCAUCAAACUGCAGGAGGAAGAGAGAGAGAGGAGGGACAACUACGUACCAGAGGUGUCUGCUCUGGACCAGGAGCUCAUUGAAGUUGAUCCCGACACCAAGGAGAUGCUGAAGCUGCUGGACUUCGGCAGUCUGUCCAACCUGCAGGUCACCCAGCCAACCGUCGGCAUGAACUUCAAGCAGCCCCGUGGAGUCUAGACGUCUGUAAAGUAUCUUCCUAAUAAAACCCGUUGGGACAAAA